AUGAAUUCAGAUGAUAGAAAACCAACAGAAAGUACUGAUGAACCAGUUCGAAAACGAAUUCGACCAGAUCCUUCACCAGAUAACAAUCCAGAAGAAACUGUUGGCAUUACUCAAUUCCUAUCAAAUCAUGAUGGUUUUGAUGGCAUAAUUAAAUAUCGUUAUUCGGAUUUUCUUGUCAAUGAAAUUUCAACGAAUGGUUCCAUUGUUCAUCUAACUGAUGUAUCAUGUCCAGAAUUUGAUUCACAUAAACCUACCUCAUUAAUAGAUGUUCCAAUUGACGAAGAAACCAUUGAGCGUAUGAAAACUUUAUCAAAAACACAUGAUAAAGAUACAAUUUCUAUUCCUUGUGAUAAUUUAACAAAAGAACAACGCACGUCUAUACAUCACUUUGUUCGUUCAAUUGAUAUUAAUCUUAAAAGUGAAUUAAUUAAUAAUUCGAUUCAAGUAACAUAUCAACCGAUUGGCAAACAAAUACGUCGAUCAACUGAUCAAUGGCCAGAUAAAACGAAACCAUAUAUUAAAUUUGUUCUUUAUAAAGAAAAUCGAGAUACAAUGGAUGCUAUUCAAUCAAUAGCAGCAUGUUUAAAUAUGAAUACAUCAUUAUUUCAAUAUGCUGGUAUAAAAGAUAAACGUGGUAAAACAUGUCAAGAAGUAACAAUUCAUAAAGUAUUACCAAUUAAAUUUAAAAAUAUAAAUCAACGUUUACCUGCUAUAAAAGUCGGAAAUUUUCAAUUAUGUGAAACUCCAUUACGUCUUGGUCAAUUACAAGGAAAUCGUUUUGAAAUAUUUGUUCGAAAUCUUUCAAUUAAUUCUCAUGAACAAAUAAAAAUUUGUGUUAAUAAUUUGAUGGAAAAAGGAUUUAUUAAUUAUUUUGGUUUACAACGAUUUGGUUCGCGUACAUUAGCAACACAAACAGUUGGAAAAUAUUUACUCCGACAUGACUGGUCACUUGCUAUUGAUGCUAUAUUAGCAUAUGAUGAAACAAUAACACACGAAUGGCUUCGUCAAUUAUUAAAUCAAUGGAAUAAAACACAUGAUAUAAAAACAAUACUUGAUGGUACAAUUCCAUAUCGUCGUUCAAUUGAAGUUGAUCUUCUUCGCGGUUUACAAAAUAAUGGUCCAACAAAUUUAAUUGGUGCACUUUCAUCUAUACCGCGAAAUACACGUUUACUCUAUUUACAUGCAUAUCAAUCAAUGAUAUGGAAUAAAAUUGUUUCAAGACGUUUAAUAACAUAUGGAAAUGAAAUACUUAUUGGUGAUCUUUAUAUCGAUGAUAUAAAUAAUGAUAAUCAUGUUGUAUAUGUAACAGAAACAAAUCGAAAUAAUAUUAAACUUGAACAAAUUGUUUUACCAUUACCUGGUUAUGAUAUUAAAUAUCCAUUGAAUGAUAUUCAUUCAUGGUAUCGUGAUUUAUUAAAUGAAGAUGGUAUUAAUAUUGAUCAAAUGAAAUAUCAUGUAAAAGAUUAUAGUUUACCUGGAAAUUAUAGACAAUUUCUUAUACAUCCUGGUCAAAUUGAAUAUAAAGUUGUUUCUUAUGAUAAUAUAGAUGAUGAUCCAUUAAAAAGUGAUUAUGAUCGAUUAAUGAAUAAUGAAAAUAAUGUAACACCAAAAUUAAAUAAAUAUACUGGUUUAAUUCUUGGAUUUUCAUUACCGAAAUCUUCAUAUGCAACAAUGGCAUUAAGAGAAAUAUUACAUCGAAAUGAAUCGCAACUUCAAACUCAUCAUCAACAAGACAAUCAAUCAUUAGAAACAACUGAUGAAAUAGAAGAUAUUGUUCUGUGA